AGGUAAAUGCACUCACUGUCAACACGGAGACUCUCCAAGAACUUGCUACACACUUUCUCUUUAAAUUUGUCACCUUCUGUCUCACUUGAAGGCUCAGCUCCGCAAGUAGCUGUUCAAAAAUGAUGCGGCCGAAAGAUUUACGCCAGGGCUCUGGUACCAAGACCUUCCUUGAUGCCAUGCACGGUGGUAAAGUUCACCUCGCACGCUUCAUCCUGGACGCCUUGGACGGACGGAUCAUCAACUCUAAGACAGAAAACAGCCGCACCCCGCUCAUGUACGCUGUUCGCCUGCAAGACCCCGGUACCAGGGCCAAGUUCACCCGGCUUCUGCUGGAGAAAGGUGCUGAUGUUAACUGCCAGGAUGAGGACAGUCGGACGGCCCUCAGCCAUGCCUGUGAGAUGGGAAACCUGGAGGUGGUCAAGCUUCUAGUGCAGUUCAAUGCGGACCCAGAAGUCUUUGACGCCUGGGGUAACAGCGCUCUAAUGUAUGCUGCCUUUUCUGGGCACAACCAGAUUCUGGAGUUCCUGGUCCGUGCUUUCAAAAGACUGGGACUGAGGCUGGACAGACCCAAUAACGCGGGCCAUUCCGCCAUCGAGGUGGCCAACUUCUUUGGACACAACCACUGUGUGCAGAUUCUGAACUUUCCUUGCAGGAGGGGUGUUGGCACAGAUGAGCCACUUGCUGUUUCAGGUACCAUCAGUGAAAGAGAAUGCCGGCUGCCUAACAGGCUCCCAAGGCAUGUUCUGGAGAGGUUCUCCAAGCAGCUGAAUAACGAUGAAGACCUACUGCCUGGGGUAUUUCAGAGACAGCUGAAUAUUGGAGACAGCAGUGGGCUUUGGAACCGCUUCAGAUGCCCCAGGAGCCAGUCUCAAGACGACAACCAUCGCCACAGCUGGGCUCUGCCUCCUCAGACUGAGAAAAGCAAGAUUGAGGCAGAUCACAGCGUUCUCUUCACUGCCAAACAACUGCAGAAUUGCCAGCUUAAAGAGCUAAGAGCUAAAACACUGAACUCUCUGCCUGAGCCAAGCCAGAAAGAUGUCAGCCGAGACACUGGACUCCAGGAGCAAACACCAGUAAGUUUUCCUCUCUGGGGAAAAGCAAAGUCGUUUAACCUGGACCUUCUGAGCAGCAGAAAGCAGUCCUAUCAGGGUGAUGUACGUGACAUCAACCUGUCGACCAGCAAAUUAAAGAGAGCCUCGCUACAGGAUGAGAGAUGCCUGAUAGACAAGAUGGAAUGUCAUGGAAACACCUGGGGCCUGACAAAUGAUGCUGACAAAAAGGUACUGGCACCAAAACCUCUUUUAAAUGGCAACAGUCAGCCUGUGAGAGGACUCGAUGAGAAUGUCAAAUCAACAAGAGAAGAGGCUAAUGACGUCGCUACAUCAAGCAGAAGAGAGCAGCAGAAGAGGGGAAGCGUUGGCCUGACCAGCAGACACAACAAACUGCUGUUUGCUAGGGGGGAGAUGGAGGCCGGGAAGAUCCCAAGUCGUACGCCGGGGUUCAUGGGCCUCGGGACCAGACUGCUGCGUCGAUUUACCGCACCGGAGUUCAUGAGGUUGGUGAUAGACUGUUCGGCUGGCUCCUCAAACGGCCGAGGGCGGAUUUCCCGCUCCGAAACUUUCCCUCUUUCUCACACACAUCAGCAGGUCAACAGCCAGCCGAGCGUUGACAGCAUCAGUGGAGUGAAGUGUGAGUUUGAAAGCUGCUCAUCUCAGUCCGCCCUCGAUUAGAAUAACACAAUGUCUGGCUGGUGGGGACAUUUUUACAGCGCUUAAAAAUGUUGAUUGCUUGGUGAAAUAUUCUAUUCAGUGAGAAAUACUAAUCUUUUGCUUUUGUUGCAGUUCAUUAGUUUUUUCAAUGUUUAUCAAUAAAAGCAAGAGGGUUUAAAGCUAAGUGUUCAGUUGCAUACAUGCAAUUUUGCUAAUCUAUAUUUAAAAUAAUUUAUAAAUUAAGAGAUCAUCAGUCUGUGAGCUACUGAAAAUAAUUAUUUUUGUUUCACAUACUUUAUAUAUAAUAAUAGGAUUUAUUUAAUAUUGUUUGUGUUUAUAAGAAAUAUUGUAUGUACUUUGCUUAAACGUAUUCACUGACUGUGCACUGUAUGAUUCAAGCUGAAUACCUAAUAA